AAGUCUGAAUUAUUCGUUCAUUUUUCGAGCCCUUUCUUCGUCUUCUUCUUCUUCGAAAACCCUAACCCUAACCCUAACCCUGAUUCGUUUCUUCGUCUACGUUUUGCCAUUGAUCUGAUUUUCCGGUGACCGGGGAGUGGGAUUCGACGGAGGUUUGCGGCGAGGAGGAUGAGCGCACAGAAGAAGCGGAACUUCAAGAUCGAGGCGUUCAAGCACCGGGUGGAGGUCGACCCAAAGUAUGCUGAUAAGACGUGGAGGGUCCUUGAGCAUGCUAUCCAUGAGAUCUACAAUCAUAACGCUAGUGGCCUCUCAUUCGAGGAGCUUUAUAGGAACGCUUACAAUAUGGUGUUGCACAAAUAUGGAGAAAAGCUGUAUCUUGGUCUUGUGACCACGAUGACAUUGCACCUAAAAGAAAUGUGUAAAUCUGUAGAGUCUGCACAGGGUGGACUGUUUCUUGAGGAACUGAACCGACGAUGGGGGGAUCACAACAAGGCUUUGCAGAUGAUCCGAGAUAUAUUGAUGUACAUGGAUAGAACCUUUGUUCCUAUUAAUCAUAAGACACCUGUUCAUGAACUUGGACUGAAUCUCUGGAGGGACAAUAUCAUCCACUGCAGCAAAAUACAGACCCGGUUACAAAACACACUCCUUGACCUUAUUCACAGAGAGAGGACUGGAGAAGUUAUAAACCGUGGAUUAAUGAGGAAUAUAACAAAGAUGCUGGUGGAUUUGGGAUCUUGUGUGUACCAAGAUAAUUUUGAGAAGCAUUUUCUUGAGGUCUCAGCUGAUUUUUACAGAGUUGAGUCUCAGCAGUUCAUUGAUAAUUGUGAUUGUGGUGAGUACCUUAAGAAAGCUGAGAGAAGGCUUAAUGAGGAAAUAGAGAGGGUUUCACAGUACUUAGAUGCUAAAAGUGAAACUAAAAUAACUUACGUCGUUGAGAAGGAGAUGAUUGAUAACCACAUGCAGAGGUUGGUCCACAUGGAAAACUCUGGUCUUGUGAAUAUGCUUAUGGAUGAUAAGUAUGAUGACUUGAGCAGAAUGUACAACUUAUUCCACAGAGUCCCUGAAGGACUCUCAACGAUUAGAGAGGUUAUGACUGCUCAUCUUCGAGAAACUGGAAGGCAGUUAGUAACUGAUGUGGACAAAUUGAAGGAUCCUGUGGAUUUCGUUCAGCAUCUAUUAGAUGUUAGAUACAAAUUUGAUAAGAUCAUUACAACUGCAUUUAAUAAUGACAAAACAUUCCAAAAUGCAUUAAACUCUUCAUUUGAGUACUUCAUCAAUCUGAACAAUAGGUCUCCUGAGUUCAUAUCCUUGUAUGUUGAUGAUAAGCUCCGGAAAGGCCUGAAAGGGGUCAGUGAAGAGGAUGUAGAAACUGUCUUGGACAAAGUGAUGAUGUUAUUCAGAUACCUGCAAGAGAAGGAUGUGUUUGAAAAAUAUUACAAGCAACACUUGGCCAAACGCCUGCUUUCUGGUAAGACAGUCUCUGAUGAUGCAGAGAGAAGUAUGAUUGUGAAACUAAAGACAGAAUGUGGCUAUCAGUUCACUUCUAAGUUAGAAGGCAUGUUUACAGAUAUGAAGACCUCUCAGGAUACCAUGCAAGGCUUCUAUGCCAGCCAAUCUUUUGAUUCUGGUGAGAGUCCAACCCUUGCUGUCCAAGUCUUAACAACUGGGUCCUGGCCUGCACAACCUAGUGCCCCUUGCAACUUGCCAGCUGAAAUUCUUAGUGUAUGUGAAAGGUUCAGAGCAUUUUAUCUUGGAACACACACUGGGAGAAGGUUGUCAUGGCAGACAAAUAUGGGGACAGCAGACCUUAAAGCAAUCUUUGGAAAAGGCCAGAAGCAUGAACUUAAUGUCUCAACUUAUCAGAUGUGUAUCCUCAUGCUCUUUAAUUCAUCUGAUUGCCUGAAUUAUAAAGAAAUUGAAGAGGCUACUGAGAUACCAUCAGCAGACCUGAAGAGAUGCCUUCAAUCCCUUGCUUGUGUCAAGGCUAAAAAUGUUCUUCGCAAGGAACCCAUGAGUAAAGAUAUUGGUGAAGAUGAUGCUUUCUACUUCAAUGACAAAUUCACUAGCAAGUUCUUCAAGGUUAAAAUAGGUACGGUUGUGGCACAGAAGGAAUCAGAGCCAGAGAAGCUUGAGACUCGCCAGAGAGUAGAGGAAGACCGGAAACCUCAAAUUGAGGCUGCCAUUGUGAGAAUUAUGAAAUCCAGACGGGUUUUAGAUCAUAAUAACAUUGUGGCUGAGGUAACAAAACAGCUACAAUCUCGGUUCCUGCCAAAUCCUGUUGUGAUUAAGAAACGAAUCGAGUCACUUAUCGAGCGUGAGUUCUUGGAGCGUGAUAAGACUGACCGGAAGUUGUAUCGGUACCUUGCCUGAAUCUCAGAUGCAUCGCCUCCAUGGUGCAGAGGCCUUCUGAUUGUGUGUUGUGCGGUUCAGUUGAUCGAACUGUGGAUAAGUGUGGAGUGCGUGAGAUGAGUUUAGACUGAUUGUAAUACCUGAAGAUGGGAGGGGUGGUGGUUGGAUUAAACCCGGAAAAGAGACUGUACAAAUUUGAAUUUACUUUCCAUUUGUGCUAUUCAUUCCAUGACUGGUGGUGGUGAAUUGGAAGGGAAUUGUUUUUGCCUCUCUUUGACCACCCGGGGGGAAGUGCAUUUCAUCUGUGGGUUUUCACUGUUGUUUAUUUACCCUU